AUGAAAGCUCUGCAGGCCGCAGUCGGAGGCGACGGGUAUUCUCUUAAGCUGCCUGUUUUCACCAGCAAUAAUCAGGCCAUUAAAGUGACAGGCUCUGUGCUGAGUAACUGUGUCCAUCGGGGGGGGUCCUGUCCCCCACCUGGUCCCACGCCCACCUGGUCCCACGCCCACCUGGUCCCACCCCCACCUGGUCCCACCCCCACCUGGUCCCACCCCCACCUGGUCCCACGCCCACCUGGUCCCACCCCCACCUGGUCCCACCCCCCACCUGGUCCCAUCCCCACCUGGUCCCACCCCCACCUGGUCCCAUACCCACCUGGUCCCAUCUGGUCCCACCCCCACCUGGUCCCACCCCCACCUGGUCCCACCCCCACCUGGUCCCACCCCCACCUGGUCCCACCCCCACCUGGUCAAACCCCCCACCUGGUCCCACCCCCACCUGGUCAAACCCCCCACCUGGUCCCACCCCUUCACCUGGUCCCACCCCCACCUGGUCCCACCCCCCACCUGGUCCCACCCCCACCUGGUCCCACCCCCAACUGGUCCCACCCCCACCUGGUCAAACCCCCCACCUGGUCCCACCCCUUCACCUGGUCCCACCCCCACCUGGUCCCACCCCCCACCUGGUCCCACCCCCACCUGGUCCCACCCCCAACUGGUCCCACCCCCACCUGGUCAAACCCCCCACCUGGUCCCACCCCUUCACCUGGUCCCACCCCUUCACCUGGUCCCACCCCCACCUGGUCCCACCUGGUCCCACCUGGUCCCUUCCCCACCUGGUCCCACCCCCACCCGGUCCCACCUGGCCCCACCCCCAAUCUGGCCCCACCCCCUCACCUGGUCCCAGCCCUUCCCCUAGUCCCACCUGGUCCCACCUGGUCCAACCCCAACCUGGUCCCACCCAGCGAGGCUGAUGUCCCACAGUCGUACCCGGACGCCUGGGUUCCGGCGUGUGGAUCUCUGUGA